CCCUUUUGAAUUUGUAAUUCUCAUGAAGACUCACUCUCUCGCUCUUUGAUUGGGAGAGAGAGAGAGAGAGAGAGAGAGUGUUUGGUUUUUGCAGAGAUGGAAGGUGAUGGUGAAGGAGGAACCACAAGGAAGAGAGGGACAGAGUCAGAGGGUCAAACAAGGUACAAAGGUAUCAGGAUGAGGAAGUGGGGCAAGUGGGUCGCUGAGAUUCGAGAACCCAACAAGCGUUCUCGGAUUUGGCUCGGUUCUUAUUCCACUCCCGUUGCUGCGGCGCGUGCUUACGACACCGCCCUCUUCUAUCUCCGGGGACCAUCCGCUCGCCUUAACUUCCCCGAGCUUCUAGCCGGAGAAGGUGGCGCUACCAGUUGCGACAUGUCCGCAGCUUCUGUUAGGAAGAAAGCCACGGAGGUCGGUGCCAGAGUCGAUGCCCUCCAGGCCACCCUCCACCGCCAGCUUCCACAUGCUUCCGCCACACGCGCCGCCGCCGCUGGGGAAUUUGCGGUACGGGUUGACCUUAAUAAGAUACCCGAGCCCGAGAAUUCGGAUUGUGACUGGGACAUGGAUUAGAUGCUUUGGUUGCUAACAUGCGCCGCGCACGUUACGGCUGAAACAUGGUUAUGUUGAUGAUGAGUGAGGUCCGAAUGGAUUAGUGUAACUGUUAUCUUUUUUUUUUUUUUUUUUUUUUCUCUUUUUAUCUUCUUUUCAAUUUAGAUUUCACAGAGAAAUUUUGGCGUUGUAAAAAUUUUAAUUGUAAAUUACGUAAAUCAG